CCGGUGCCACACUCAUUUCGGUCCCCAAAAUGGCGAACGUUGCUGCAGCUACCGUGGCUGCGGCGGCCGCAGCUGCCGCCGCGAACAGAGACCCAGCCGUGGAUCGGUCUUUACGAUCAGUUUUCGUUGGAAACAUUCCGUAUGAAGCCACAGAAGAGCAGCUGAAAGACAUAUUUUCUGAAGCCGGACUUGUUGUCAGCUUCAGGCUGGUGUAUGACAGGGAGACGGGGAAGCCAAAGGGAUAUGGCUUCUGUGAGUACCAGGACCAGGAGACGGCCCUCAGUGCCAUGAGGAACCUCAAUGGGAGAGAGUUUAGUGGUCGGGCUCUCAGAGUUGACAACGCAGCUAGUGAAAAAAACAAGGAAGAGCUCAAAAGUCUGGGAACCGGAGCCCCCAUUAUUGAGUCUCCUUAUGGAGAUAAUGUUUUACCAGAGGAGGCUCCAGAGUCCAUCAGCAGAGCUGUGGCAAGUCUUCCACCUGAGCAGAUGUUUGAAUUGAUGAAACAGAUGAAGCUGUGUGUACAGAACAGCCCCCAGGAGGCGAGGAACAUGUUGCUGCAGAAUCCGCAGCUGGCCUACGCGCUGCUGCAGGCGCAGGUCGUCAUGCGCAUCGUUGACCCAGAGAUCGCUUUGAAAAUGUUGCAUCGUCAGACAGCAGUUCAGCCCCUGGUUCCCGGUGGUCAGGUUGGAGGAGCACCCCCAGUCAACCCUCCUGCUCAGCCCAAUGUGCAGCAGGUGUCCCAACCACAGCCUGUGCCUGUGAUGCACAUCAAUGGAGCACCUCAGAUGAUGCAGCCGGCCAACAUGGGUGUUGUUCCUGGGCCGAUGCCUGUUCCAGGACCAGUACCCGGACCAGGACCAGGACCAGGACCAGUUGGGCCGCCAGGAAACCUACAGAGUUCCCCCACAGGAUCGGCUGGACCAGCUGCUAUCGAGCGGCCUCAAGGACCGGGCGGUAUCCCACCUAGAGGGCUGCUGGGCGACGGACCCAACGAUCCCAGAGGAGGAACUCUGUUGUCUGUCACCGGAGAGGUUAUCGACCCCAACCGGGCCUACAUGGCAGCUCCGCCGCCUCACCAGGCCCCACCCGUACACAUACCACAGAUGGGAGGAGGACCCCCACCAGAAAUGAGAGGGCCUCCGAUGCCUGAACCGCGAACCAUGAUGGUCGACCCACGCGGACCCCCGAUGAUGGAGCCACGAGGGCCGCCGAUGAUGGAGCCCCGCGGUCCGCCCAUGGAACCCAGAGGCCGUGACCCGAGGGCAAUGGAUACUCGUGGGCCGGUGGCGGGUCAGAGGGUCGCCAUUGUGCCUGGAAUGCAGGGCCCCGUCCCUCAUACGAUGGGUCCAAAUGCUCCUCCACCUGCAAGACCGGGUCCAGGCAUCUCUGGGGUCCCCCCAUCAGGAGGAGGUUUCAGUCCAGGCCAGGCUCAGGUCUCCACACAGGAUCAGGAGAAGGCUGCCCUGAUCAUGCAGGUCCUGCAGCUGACCCCAGAACAGAUCGCCAUGCUCCCACCGGAGCAGCGACAGAGCAUCCUCAUCCUCAAGGAGCAGAUUCAGAAAACCGCCUCGGGUGCUCCGUGAUUCUCCGAGAAGGCAGAGGACCUGCCGUCUCUUCCUGGUCCAACCGCCAAAACCGGACAGAAGAUCACUUGUAUUACUUUAGGGUUUUUUUUUUUUUUUUUUUUGUCUGUUUUGUUUCGAGAGUGUAGGUUUGGUUCAAAGUUGAAGAUUAAACUGUUGUAAAAUCUCUUGAAGCUGUUUUUGUUUUUUUCAAUAAUAAAAAAAUAAAAUUCC